AAGGUUAAUCCGCGAGCGAAUGGUAGCGCGCGUCCCUAUUGGCUGUUGCAGUAUUUCGCCCCGGAAGUCAGGAAAAGCUUUAAAAAUCAGCUGACCAAGCAACCUCGGGUCACGUGAUCCAAGAGUAUCUCGUGAGCAGCAUGUCUACACGCCCGGAACCCGUCUUCUGGCUGGGGAAGAAGACGCUGAGAGUGUCGGCGGCCCUGUUCGCCGAGAACCGGCGCCGUCUCUGCCAGGGCCUGAAAGCCAAGGAGGGCCUGCUCCCCAAGUCCGUGGUGGUCCUGCAGGGGGGCGAGCAGACCCAGAGGUACUGCACUGAUUCGGACAUCCUCUUCAGACAGGAGUCCUUCUUCCAUUGGGCUUUUGGAGUGACUGAAGCUGACUGCUAUGGAGCCAUUGAUGUCGACACAGGGAGGUCCAUCCUCUUUGUCCCUAAGCUGCCUGAGAGCUAUGCCACCUGGAUGGGAAAGAUCCAUCCUCCAGAGCACUUCAAGCAGAAGUAUGGGGUGGAUGAAGUGCAAUACACCACCGACAUUGCUGCCUUUCUGUCUGGCAUGACGCCAGCAGUGCUUCUGACACUGCGCGGGCAGAAUUCUGAUAGCGGGAGUAUCUGCCGCGAGGCCUCCUUUGACGGAAUCAGCCAAUUCCAGGUGAAUAACACUCUGCUGCACCCUGUCAUAGUGGAAUGUCGCCUGAUUAAGACGGACAUGGAGCUGGAGGUCCUGCGCUACACAAACCGCGUUUCCAGUGACGCCCACAAAGAGGUGAUGAAACAUGUGAAGCCUGGACUGAUGGAGUAUGAAAUGGAAAGCCUCUUCCAGCACUACUGCUACACCCAAGGAGGCAUGAGGCACACAUCUUACGCCUGUAUCUGUGGAACGGGAGAGAACUCCUCUAUUUUGCACUAUGGCCACGCUGGAGCUCCCAAUAACAAGGCUAUUGCAGAUGGAGACAUGUGUCUUUUUGACAUGGGUGGAGAGUAUUACUGCUACAGUUCCGACAUCACCUGCUCUUUCCCGGCAAACGGGAAGUUCACCGACGACCAGAAGGCUAUCUACGAGGCUGCUCUCAAGUCCUCCCGCGCCGCCCUAGCCGCCAUCAAACCAGGUGUGCUGUGGCCAGACGUACAUCGCCUGACCAGUCGUGUGCAGCUGGAGGAGCUGGUAAAGAUCGGCAUUCUGAAGGGGAGCGUGGACGAUAUGCUGAAGGCGCACAUGGGUGCCGUCUUCAUGCCCCACGGCCUGGGCCAUCUGAUGGGCAUCGACGUGCAUGACGUGGGAGGAUAUCCGGAGGGUGUGGUGCGGAUUGAUGAGCCGGGUCUGAAGAGCCUGCGUAUGGGCCGUGCGGUCCUGGAACGCAUGGUCCUGACGGUCGAACCUGGCAUCUACUUCAUUGACCACCUACUGGACCAGGCCCUGGCUUCACCUGCCCAGCAGUGCUUCAUUAACAGUGAUGUUCUAGCACGUUUCCGUGGAUUUGGAGGGGUGCGCAUCGAGGACAACAUCGCGGUCACAGCCGACGGCGUGGAGCUGCUCACCUGUGUCCCUCGCACCGUGCAGGAGAUCGAGGAGUUCAUGGCUACUGGCAGUGACACCUCCAAGAGCGUCGGCCAAAAAUCCUGAGCAAUGGACGAACAAACCCGUACUGUAAAAUGUCGGUGGUAAUCCAUCUGGCACUAAGGGAUGAUACAGAAGGCUUUAAGAACAAUCAAUGAAAUAAUACCGUAAAUUUGCUCUGAUUACAUUAAUACAUAUUCAGUACACAAUAGGCCAUGAAACAUGCCUUGACUUGUAUGAGUGGUAUACACUGCUCCAAGCUGAAUGAAUCUUUUGCCAUUUUAGGUUUUACUGAACUUGCUCCUCUACAAAUAAACAUUUCUAACCUUUCAGUGGCUUUUUCUACUACAAAUAAAAAUAAUCACAUAUUUUCAGUUACUUCAUUUGUGUUGUUGAAAUAUAACACAUUACUGAUCAAUAAAUGUUCAUUUUCCCUUGCAAUCCAAAA